UCCAUGGGUAAGCGAGAAUCUAGCUCACUCGCCGCCAUUGGUUUUAUUCAAGGACACAACUUGACAGCAGCAUGCUUUUAUUCUUCUUCCCUCACCCCAAUUAUUUUCAAAUAAAUCAUGUACAAUAUUAUUUGCUGGCAUAUCUACCAUGAAUUGAAUAACAUAUAUUUUGAAAAAAAGAUUCAAAACCCGGAUCAGUAUUCAUAGACCAGUCCCCGGUUAGGAGAAAUCAGCGAAUUUGAAGAAAUGAGGACGGAGGAUGAAGAAAUUGAGGAAAUGAGUUUGAGAUUAAGGAGUAGUAGUGGGGGUGGUGAUGGGUCUACUAGAUGGGUUGAUGGAAGUGAAGUGGAUUCAGAAUCGCCGCCAUGGUCAACUUUUGAAGAAUGUGAGAGCAGAGAAGCUGAAUAUGGUUCUGUUAGGAGAAGACUGGUUAAGAAACCCAAAAGGGUUGAUUCGUUUGAUGUUGAAGCUAUGGAAAUCGCUGGAUCUCAUGGGCAUCAUUAUAAGGAUAUGUCGACAUGGAAAACUAUUGCUUUGGCAUUUCAAACUCUUGGUGUGGUUUAUGGUGAUAUGGGUACAAGUCCUUUGUAUGUGUUUGCUGAUGUGUUCAGUAAGGUUCCCAUUACAUCCGAUGUAGAUGUCUUAGGAGCUCUGUCUUUAGUUAUGUAUACAAUUGCUCUCCUUCCAUUAGCUAAAUAUGUGUUUAUAGUUCUUAAAGCAAACGACAAUGGUGAAGGAGGAACAUUUGCACUAUAUUCGCUUAUAUCCCGUUAUGCUCAAGUCAAUAUGCUGCCUAACCGCCAGCCUGCUGAUGAACAAAUAUCCAGUUUCAAGCUGAAGUUGCCUACUCCUGAAUUAGAAAGGGCUUUGAACAUAAAAGAAGCUUUGGAAAGAAGAUCAUAUCUUAAAACCCUUCUUUUGUUGUUGGUUCUAAUGGGUACUUCCAUGAUUAUAGGAGAUGGUAUCUUGACUCCAGCAAUAUCAGUAAUGUCUGCUGUGAGCGGCCUACAGGGUAGAAUUCCGGGGUUUGGUACAAAUGCUUUAGUGAUAGUCUCGAUUGUUAUCCUCAUCGGGUUGUUUAGCAUCCAGAGAUUUGGCACAAGCAAAGUUGGAUUCAUGUUUGCUCCUGCGCUAGCAUUAUGGUUCUUCUGUCUAGGAACCAUGGGAAUCUACAAUAUAGUCAAGCAUGAUACUAGUGUCUUAAGGGCUUUCAAUCCUGCAUAUAUCUUUUACUUCUUCAAGAAGAACUCUUUCAAAGCAUGGUCAUCCCUUGGGGGUUGUGUUCUCUGUAUUACGGGUGCAGAAGCAAUGUUUGCUGAUUUAGGCCAUUUCUCUGUUCCAUCAAUACAGAUUGCCUUCACUUGUGUAGUAUUCCCCUGUCUUCUCUUGGCUUACAUGGGUCAAGCUGCUUACCUGAUGAAAUUUCCUGAUUCUGCUGAAAGGAUAUUUUAUGAAUCAAUUCCAGAUGGGUUUUUCUGGCCAGUGUUUGUAAUAGCUACUAUUGCUGCUGUAAUUGCUAGUCAAGCAAUGAUAUCGGCUUCAUUCUCGUGCAUAAAACAAUCUAUGGCUCUCGGAUGUUUCCCGAGGCUGAAAAUAGUUCACACAUCGAGGAAGUUUAUGGGUCAGAUUUACAUCCCUGUUGUCAACUGGUUUUUGAUGGUGAUGUGUGUUCUUGUGGUUGCUUCUUUCAGGAGCACCAAUGAUAUCGCAAAUGCAUAUGGCAUAGCAGAAGUAGGUGUCAUGAUGGUAAGUACAACAUUGGUGACACUAGUUUUGCUUCUGAUUUGGCAAACCAAUUUAUUUCUCGCAAUCAGUUUCCCUCUUGUAUUCGGGACAGUUGAAAUCCUCUACAUGUCAGCUGUCCUGACCAAGCUCCUAGAAGGCGGUUGGCUUCCUCUUGCAUUCGCCUGUUUCUUCCUUUGUCUAAUGUACACAUGGAAUUACGGAAGCGUAUUAAAGUACCAGAGCGAAGUAAGAGAAAAGAUCUCAAUGGAUUUCAUGCUUGAACUCGGGUCCAAUUUAGGAACUGUAAGAGUCCCAGGAAUCGGAUUACUCUACAAUGAGCUUGUCCAAGGGAUACCCUCUGUUCUUGGGCAGUUCUUAUUAGAUCUUCCAGCAAUCCACUCAACAAUUGUGUUUGUCUGCAUUAAAUAUGUCCCUGUCCCUAUUGUCCCCCAAGAGGAAAGGUUCCUUUUUCGUAGAGUAUGCCCAAAAGACUACCACAUGUUUCGUUGUGUGGCUAGAUAUGGGUAUAAGGAUGUUAGGAAGGAGGAUCAUCAUGCUUUUGAGCAACUUUUGGUUGAAUCACUUGAGAUUUUCUUGAGGAAAGAAGCUCAAGAUCUAGCAUUAGAGAGUAAUCUUCGAGAGUUGGAGUUUGAUAGUGUUUCUGUUAUAUCAAGGGACACUGAGUUCUCCGAUGGUGGAGGAGAUACAGAAGGUCUCGGGGAGCUUAGAGUUCCUUUAAUGCGAGAUCAGAGGGUUGAAGAAAUGGAGAGGAAUAUGAAUAUGGUAAUGGAAGAGGAUCCAGGGCUUGAAUAUGAAUUGUCUGCAUUAAGGGAGGCUAAGGAAUCUGGUUUUACUUAUUUGCUUGGGCAUGGUGAGAUGAGAGCAAAGAAAAGCUCAUGGUUCAUAAAGAAAUUGGUGAUAAAUUAUUUUUAUGGAUUCAUGAGGAGGAACUGUAGAGGAGGUGCUGCAACAAUGAGGGUUCCCCAUACAAAUAUAAUGCAAGUUGGAAUUACAUAUAUGGUUUGAAUAACUUAGUUUAGACUUGUUUAAUGAGGUAAUAAUAGUUUUAAACAAGUACUUGUAUCCUUUUUGAUUAAGAAUUUAGGUAAUAAUAUUGGAUCUCUUUGCAUUA